CCCAGGAAACCAUGCGGCUGCUCCCUGGGCUCUUGCUGGCCGCUGCCUUGAGCCUGGAGCUGGCGCAAGGCUUGAACUGUCACCAGUGCAAGGGCUUUGGAGGGUGCACCCAUGCAUCCAGAUGCCCAUGGGGCUCCAACUACUGCGUCAGCAUCGCUACCCGAGUCCCCUUCAGCGUCGCUGACCUGCCUCUGGUGACCAAAUCGUGCUACAGUGGCUGCCCGGACAUCUCUACCCUUGGCCUUGGCCCCCACGUGUCCAUCGUCUGCUGCCAGUUCAGCCUCUGCAACACAGACUGACCGCCCCCCACCCUCAGC